AUGAAUGAGACAUCAUUAGAAAUUGGUAAGGAGUAUUCUGAAAAGAAAAUAAAUGGAGAAUAUGAUGAUAUUUUACUAAAUGAUUCUAAAUAUGAUGCAAAAUAUGAUAAAAAGCUUAUUCGGAAGAUUGAUUUAAUUACGAUACCAAUGAUGAUUAUAUUUUAUCUUUUGUCUUUUCUUGAUCGUACAAAUAUAGGAAAUGCACGUCUUGCAGGUUUAGAAAAAGACUUGAAUUUGACAGAAAAGCAAUUUAAAAUGUCUUUGACAAUUUUGUAUAUCCCAUAUAUUCUUAUGGAAAUACCAUCUAAUCUUAUUAUAAAAAAAGUAGGACCUAAUAAGUGGUUGCCAACACUUGUUGUUUUAUGGGGAACUGUAGCCACACUACAAGGAAUUGUUAAAGAUUAUAGAGGAUUAUAUGCAAAUCGUUUCUUUUUGGGUCUGACUGAAGGAGGAAUCUUGCCUGGUAUCAUUUUGUAUCUUUCAGGAUGGUAUAAACGACAUGAAAUUCAAUUUCGAAUUGGUAUUUUCUGGUCUGCUAGUUCUAUUUCUGGAGCAUUUGGAGGAUUUAUUGCUGCUAUGAUUCAAUUAAUGAGCGGGUUAGGGGGUUUAAAUGGAUGGAGCUGGAUUUUUAUAAUAGAAGGAUUGAUAACAGUUAUAUUUGGCUUUUUAGGAUAUUGGUUAAUGCCUCGAUCAAUUGAAAAAACAAAAUUUCUUACUAAAGACCAAAAAUAUUGGGCCCGUAAAAGAAUCGAACUAGAUGAAGAACGCUUAUCUUCAUUAGGUGUACGUCACCCAGUUACUGGAGAAAUGGCAGAUUAUAAUAAACAUUUAAAAUGGUCAUAUGUGAAGUCAUGCUUCACUUCACUGCAUAUAUAUUUAUUAUCUUUCAUGGCAUUUUCAUCAGGUGUUAAUGUUUAUUCAAUUGCAUAUUUUUUGCCAACUAUAGUUAAGUCUGUAAUAGGAGAAGAUAGGCCUAUAUAUAUAACACAGUUACUAACUAUCCCGCCAUUUAUUUUAACUUUUGUAGUAGUAAUGGUUACAUCUUAUUAUUCAGACAAAAAAGGUGAACGGUUACGUAUUAUAUUUUUUUUUAGUCUUGUAGCUACUCUUGGGUUUUUUAUAUUAUGCAUAAGCUAUAAUAAUAUAGUUAAUUAUCUUUCUCUAUUUUUUAUGGUCUGUGGCGUAUAUACUAUUUUUCCUUCAGAAAUGGCGUUAACAAGUAAUAAUAUAUCGGGAUAUUAUAAGCGAGCAACAGCAUUAGGAUAUAUGAUAGUUAUGUCAAAUCUUGGUGGUAUAUUGGCUUCUUGGAUUUUUAAUGCAAAAGAACAUCCAAGAUAUAUUACAUCAUAUGGAGUUAAUAUUGCAUUAUCAAUUCUUUGUUCUGCUAUUUCAUUUAUCUUAAGAAUGUAUUAUAUAAGACAAAAUAAAGAAAGAGAAAGAUUACAAUCUGCAAGAAUUGAACCUAUUGACCAUGAAGUGGAGUUUUAUAAAGCUCGUGAACAAGGUGAUAAAUAUAUUGGAUUUAGAUAUACAUUAUAA